AUGGCGUCUGAGAAAUUGGAAAAGACCGAGUUGAAGCAGCAGGGUGCCAUAGAAAUUGCUCAGGCUGCUGCGCAAGACCCCGGAUCACACAUCCGGCCCGAGACUGUUGAGCAGAAAUUGGUAGACGAAAACCGCAAGGCCGGUUUACCAGCGUAUCAAUUCGAUCCAGAUGCAUCACCAGAAGAGAAAGCCGCUGCGGCAAAAGCUCAUGUCCCGCCGGGCUUCCACCAUGAACGGAAACCAAAGGGUGUUGGAGUGAUUACAGACAAGGACGACGGGACUCCAGCACCUUACGACCUUCCUCCCCCACGAACCGCAAGUGGAUUACUACUGGACGAAAAGGCCGAUGAGGUGGCAGAUCAGAAAAAGGAAGGCGAGCUAGACGAUGAUGCACGGUGGGCACGCAACCGGACAGGAUGGGCUCCACGAUUCGCGCAUGAAGAAACCAAGGAAGAGCACGAUGACACGACGCUGCUCGAUCACCAGACCUUCUUGGAGGGCAAACUAGACGACAAAUUUUUCGGCGAUUGGUAUCACAAUGCUGGAGUUAUCGUCUUCGCUUGUCUGGCCUCGUGGAUCGUUGCUGUAUUAGGUGGAGGACUUGGCUGGAUCUUCAUCGUUAUGGCUGCUUGCAGCACGUACUAUCGGACUUCUAUUCGUCGAGUCCGGCGGAACUUCCGCGACGACGUCAACCGUGAGAUGGCAAAGCAACGCCUGGAAACCGACACCGAGAGCUUGGAGUGGAUCAACAGUUUCUUGGUCAAGUUCUGGCCGAUCUAUGCGCCUGUAAUGUGCGAUACUAUCAUCAACUCCGUCGACCAAGUUCUGAGCACCUCGACCCCGGCCUUUCUGGACAGCCUGCGACUGAAGACGUUUGUUCUGGGUAGCAAACCUCCGCGAUUGGAGCACGUUAAGACCUACCCCAAGACGGAGGUGGACACUGUCAUCAUGGACUGGAAGUUUAGCUUCACCCCCAACGACGUCAUGGAUUUGACCGCUCGUCAAUUGAAGAAUAAGAUCAACCCAAAGGUUGUCUUGGAAGUACGAGUUGGUAAGGGAGUCGUGAGCAAGGGCCUUGAUGUGAUCGUUGAGGACAUGGCUUGUAGCGGCUUGAUGAGAGUAAAGGUAAAGCUUCAGAUCCCCUUCCCUCACAUUGAGCGCGUCGAUGUUUGCUUCAUUGGAAAGCCGGAAAUCGACUAUGUCUGCAAACCUCUCGGUGGCGACACCCUUGGAUUCGACAUCAACUUUAUCCCUGGACUCGAGAGCUUCAUCAAGGACCAAAUCCACGCCAACUUGGGCCCCAUGAUGUACGAACCCAACGUAUUCCCUAUCGAGAUCGCCAAGAUGCUUGCCGGAAAUGCGGUAGACCAGGCAAUCGGUGUCGUUGCCGUCACUCUCCAUGGCGCCCACCAGCUCAAGAACCCAGAUAAGUUUGCAGGCACCCCGGAUCCGUAUGCAGUCGUCUCCCUUAACAAUCGGACGGAGCUGGGCCGCACCAAGACGAUACAAGAUACGGACAGCCCACGGUGGAAUGAGACCAUCUAUGUUAUCAUCACAUCUUUCUCGGACACUUUGACCAUUCAGCCAUACGAUUGGAACGAAUUUAGAAAAGACAAGGAACUUGGAACCGCUACUUUUGCGCUAGACAAACUCGAACAAGAAGCGGAGCAUGAAAGCGUGUAUCUGGAGGUUCUGGCUAGCGGCCGAUCUCGUGGUACCAUUCAUGCCGAUAUUCGAUUCUUCCCUGUUUUGGAGGGGAAUAAGCUUGAGAAUGGCGAAAUUGAACCGCCACCAGAAAUGAACACGGGUAUCGCCCGACUAACGGUCGAGCAAGCCAAAGAUUUGGACGGAACCAAGAGCAUUGUUGGGCAACUCAACCCUUACGGUGUUCUCCUACUGAAUGGGAAGGAAAUCCACAUGACCAACAAACUCAAGCGAACGAACAACCCUAUCUUCCAGAAUGCUUCCAAGGAAUUCUUAAUCACGGACAGAAAGAAUGCUCGCCUUGGUUUGGUCAUUAAGGAUGACAGGGAUCUGACAAAGGACCCGAUCCUGGGAUCGUACCAAAUCAAGUUGAACGACAUGCUGAAAAUGAUGGAGAAAGGUCAUCAAUGGUUCCAUCUGCAUGGCGCCAAGUCUGGACGUGCCAAGUUGGUUUUGGAUUGGAAGCCUGUCGCGAUCGGAGGCAUUGCGGGAGGCGCUGGUUACGUGGACCCCAUCGGUGUCAUGCGAAUCCAUUUCCAGCGCGCGGCGGGUCUUCGAAACUUGGAGAAGAUGGGCAAGUCUGAUCCUUACGCCCGCGUUUUGCUCUCUGGUUACAUGAAAGCCCGAACAGUUACCUUCAGAAACAACCUCGACCCCGAUUGGGACGAAGUUGUGUACAUCCCGAUCCACAGUGCUCGUGAGAAGCUUACCCUCGAAGUCAUGGAUGAAGAAUCGGUUGGAAGCGACCGCUCCCUUGGUUCGGUAGAGCUCUCUGCUGCAGAUUAUGUGCAUGAGGAUGAAGCCGGCGAGUACCAGGUUGAUGACGAGAAGCAGCAACUGACCAGUACCCUGCGUCUCGGCCAACGUUCCGCCAAAGGCGAUUUGUUCUACACAGUCGCUUUCUACCCCACCAUUCCGGUCGUCAACCCUGACGAUGAAGUUGAAGAAGACGAAUUAGACGAGGAAAUUAGCGGCGAAUCUGAGGGAACCGACCUCUCGAGAAAGAGCACAGAUUCGAAGCGCAAAAGCCAUCAUUCCAAGUCAAUCAGUGUUGAUUCAAAGGCCUCCGGGAAGGGAGGUACGACAAAUGGCACUGCGGACGUGCACACAAAUGGCCGUGCAAGUCUUGAAUCCCGGCCCGGUACCAGAAACUCCGAGACCAUGUCGGUCAAGUCUAUCAAGGAGGUUCCCAAGACUUACAUUUCCGUGGAUGACCUUGGCAACUACGAAUCCGGUUUCAUUGUGUUCAAGCUCCACGAAGUCCAUCUAUCUCAAAGCAACGUCCAUGUGGAGAUUCUAAUGGAUGACUACAUGUUCCCGGUAUGGUCAUCGCCGAAGAUCCGAACAAAGAGCGCCAAGGUCGAAGACAUUGGUGAUGCCUUUGUGCGUGAGCUUGAAUUCUCUAAGAUCACGCUUCGAAUUGUGGAGAAGCUCAAUGCAAAGGACGAUGACGAGCAUAUCGUGGCAAAACUGACGGGUGACACUUAUUCUACACUUCAACGUAUCCUCUACACUCCUACUGAGCUCGUCCUCCGGUCGAAUGAGGGAGAAGUCAGCAAGGUCACUGUCAGUGCUCGAUACAUUCCGGUUUCGAUGAAGCUCGACCCCACUGAGAGCAUUAACAACAUGGGCACGCUCCGCGUGGAUGUGCUUGAUGCGGCGGAUCUGCCUUCUGCCGACAGAAAUGGAUACAGUGACCCGUACUGCAAAUUCCGGUUGGACGGCAAGGAAGUAUUCAAGACCAAAGUGCAGAAAAAGACCCUGCACCCUGCUUGGAACGAAUUUUUUGAGGUCCCUAUUAAAUCCCGGAUUGGUGCCGAUUUCCGGUGCGAUGUUUACGACUGGGACUUUGGCGACAAGGCAGACUACCUCGGCGGCGCCCCAGUUAACCUUGAAAUGCUGGAUCCUUUCCAGGCGCAAGAAGUUACUCUUACCCUUGACGGCAAAUCGGGUGCUAUCAGGUUAAAACUGCUGUUCAAGCCGACGUAUGUCAUGCGCUCACGGCAAGGGUCAUCUACGUUCUCCGGUACCUUUGCCACGCCAGGAAAGAUUGUCGGUGCCCCCGUCAAGGGAGUUGGAUUUGUUGGGGGCAACGUUAUCAAGGGUGCCUCGUUCUUGAAGCAUGGAAUCAUGUCAAAGAUCCGGGGAGACGACUCAUCUUCUGAUGAAGAGAAAGAACAGAAAGAUGUACCAUCAGCAAUCCUCGUCGAUGGAGAAACCCCGCCAGAAGCGGCACCCAAGAGCGAGCUUCAUCACUCCCGUACUCGUAGUGGUGUCUCUCAUUACGGCGAUAGACUCAGCAUUGGCGGCAAGGGAGAAAGCGGAACGGCGUCCAUUUCGAUCGUAUCUGCAACAGGAUACCCUCCCAACGCUAAUGUUCGUGUGUUUGUGCGGGCCGUCGGCCCCAAAGGCGCAAAAGAGGUGCUCAAGAGCAAAGCUAUCAAGAGCGGGGGUGGGCCAGUCUACUAUGACGCUUCGAACGAGACUUGCCGCGUGCACAACACGACGGCCGAUGCACAGUAUCAAAUUCGAGUAGUUGACCACUCGACGUUUGGUUCCGACAGCGUCCUGGGCGAGGCGAUCUUCUUCGUUGGCGACCAGGGCUCGGUAGCUGGACAGGAGAAGUCGGUGAAUGUUGGCAGUGGGACAGUUCAAAUCCGAAGCAGCUUCACCAUGUCUGAUGGCGGUCUCAGACCGGGCACUGCUUAUUCUACGACAGGCGACAACUCAUCGGAAGUACUGGACAGUCCUGACUCCAGAAAGCCUCGCCGUAGCUUCCUCAGCAAGCGCAGCGUGAGUGGAGCUUAG